UUUCAAACGACACCCGGUAUCACACCUUCCGAAAGUUCUAACAUAUAUAAGUAUGUAUGUCGAUCCGUAUCCUCUUUCCCCCCUUUCGCAAUAAUGUCCUCGUGGACCCCAGUUUGUCAUGUGCGCUGGAGGUGUCAGAAGAGACUCCUAUUGAAGAUGUCAUCUUCCAGUUGCAUCAGCAACUGACCACCGCAUACAACGAGCUCAUCAAGCCUUUUUCCUCGAACAAAUUAGGACCACUUGAUCUUCUCAUAGCUAAACGAGGAAAAUUUGGCGCAGUUGGAGGAAAACAAGGUGCAGACAUUGUCAAAGUCUUCUCGACGCAAACGAAAAAAAGCGGGUCAGCGGUCGACAAUAAUGCCUCGCUGCUCAAGGAGAUGGAUCGCAUGCUCGAUGAACUUACGGGCCAGAUAAAUGACCGUAAAGCUUCAAUGACUAAACAGAACAACGAGCAAGCCAAGCGGAUCAAAGACCUUGCAGAAUUAUUGGCUGCAAAUGCAGAACUAUCGGCUUCAGUCCAAAAGAUGAACGCCACCCUGCAGCACCAUUCCACCAUGCUGGAUGCUCUGCAUCGUCGGGUCAUACUCGAUGACGCACGUGCGCUCAUAGCCGAUCGCUACGGUUUUCCCGUAAAUGAACUUUGGUCGGCGCAGGAAGGGGUGGAAUCUCUUGUAUAUUCACCUGCGGGUGACAUAAUCGCAUCAGGCGGGUUCAAUACAAUUUGCAUCUGGAAUGCGAAGACCGGCGAGCCUGUCGUUGCCCCCACCAAAGACCUGUGAUAUCUCGCACACCGUCGUUUCAACUUGACCGCCG